UUGGAAGCAAAAUCUUAGCUCGAUUCAAAAGUGUAUUUGCAAAAUUUAUAAAUUGUGCGACUUUGCAGCUGAAAAAAAAGAAGUAGUUUUAAGCCAAAUAUGGGCGCUGCAUUCUUUCCGGUAUUGUUUUUCACGGCCGUCUGGGGAGCUGUGGGCAUCGGUAUGCCCAUUAUGACUCCGAAGGGCCCGCAUCAGAAUCUGAUACGCUGCAUUCUGAUGCUGACCGCAGCCUGCUGCUGGCUCUUCUGGCUCUGCUGCUACAUGGCCCAAAUGAAUCCGUUGAUUGGCCCCAAACUAAAGCGUCAUGCCCUCGCCAUGAUUGCCAAGUCGUGGGACAACCAACUGGCAGACGGCUAACUGCACAAUCAACUGGCACACAUAACAGGCUAAAAAUCCGUUGUUGUUUAAAGCAUGUUCAGCAAAAUGUAUAAAUAAAUUGUAUUCGUUUCAAAUGUA